CCAGUGUCUGUUAUCUAUGUCCAAUAGAGCUUGUUUGUCAAAAAAAUUAUAGUAUAUGGACUAAAAUGCCAUAAUCCCUUUUUAAAAACACAUCAAUGCAAUAGAGAACAGAAAAUAAAGACUCCCGAGCUCCCAGGCCGCCGGCGUCGGCCCUGCCUCCGGAACUGCGGUUCGGAUUUCGGUAACUUUAACCCCUUAUCAUCCCCGAUUCCACCGUCAAUACCACCGGCGAGAAUCAGAAUUAGAAAGAGGAUGGGAGACGAUACCACCGGCGAGAAACAGAAUCAGGCGCGUCUCAUCAUCCCCGAUUUCCUCUCUCUUCAAGAGUGCAAGGAAUUGGAAUUCAUUCAUCGGAGCUGCUCCACCGUCGGUUAUCGUCCAAAUGUAUUCUCCACCACUCUAUCUCACCUCAUCGCCACCAAUUCUCCGCACCUAAUCAUCCCUUUCCUCUCCAUCCGUGACCGCCUGAAAGAAAAGGUCGAGGAGUUUUUCGGCUGCGAGUACGAACUCUCCGUCGAGUUCACCGGUUUAAUUAGCUGGACUCGAGGCGCAAGCAUCGGCUGGCACACUGAUGAUAACAGGCCUUACCUCAAACAGCGCCACUUCUCUGCAAUCUGCUAUUUGAACACUUAUGGCCAGGAUUUCAAAGGUGGUCUUUUCCACUUCCGGGAUGGUCACCCGAAUACUCUCGUCCCAGCCGCCGGGGCUGUUUCGAUCUAUACAGCUGAUGAUCGUAAUGUUCAUUCGGUGGAUGAGAUAAUUGAAGGAGAAAGACUGACACUUACAAUGUAGUUCAGCCGCGACAGUGCACAUGAUGAAGAUGCUAAACUUAUAUCUCUUCUGUCUUCAAACAUGCCUUGCUCUUCAAGCAAAUCUGAAGAGUUGCUGCUUCCAAGGCCAGCUUCCAGCAAUAUGUACUGGUUUUGUCCGGGUCAAGUGCAGAAUGAAGAAUCAGGGUUUAAUGUAUGCUGUGCAAGGAUUUACAGUGCAGGGUUUGAUAUCUAUUCUACUGAAGAAGAGUUAUCCUGUUCUGAUUUCUCUGAACUGCUCGAACGACCACUGAAACUAGCAAGGAGUAAGGUGCUGUUUGAGCAAGAAUUCACCAACAUUUUGCAUGCGCUACAGGUAAUGUACGCAGAUCAAAAUUGGUGUGCUUAAGAUUAUUGGGUCAUAUGUUCAGUAUUGAACUGUCUAGCCAGAAAAGUUAUAUAAACCCAUCAUAGUCUAAAGUUUGUGUCUUUUUCGUUGUGGUUAGAAAAAUUCAUCACAGUUUUGUUGUUGCAUAGGUGGUACAAUUUUUGUGGUGGAAGGCCCGUGCGCAAGUGAAUUCUCUGAGAGUUGCAAAAAGGAGGGAGGUAUGGUUACUGUCUGAGUUGCAGCAAGGAAAGAUUGCCUCUCUGAAAUUCAUGUUUGUGAAGGAUAAUGAACUGGCAAAUAAGAUGUUUCGCGAUGAGAGAUGCUGUCUGCACGAAUCCGACUGGACCGAGUUCACUUUUGCUGUCGAUGAACUGGAACACUAUUCUCGUAGACUGCAGAAAGAGUUGGUAAUGAGCUUGCCUCAUUGGCGAACACAACAAAUCAUAUACAAAGUUCCCUUGUAAUGGUCUUGACUUUUGCCACUCUGCAGAACAUGGUACUUCUUUUUCAUACCCCGCUUUUUAUGUUCAUCUCCAUCUGGUAUCAAGCUAGACUGUCAUUCACUGAUGACCAAUGACAGGCGACCUAAAGUCUCUUAAUCGAUUAAGAUUAGAACAAGUUACCCUUUCUAAGUGAUAAUUAAAAGUCCAUGGAAUUAACUGUAUCAUAGAUGUCAUUACUAAUUACAGUGACAAAGUUACAAUAGAAGACCAGGAUCACG